UCCUGUUACAAGAUGGUUCGUAUGUUUGUUCUUAUAAAUGUUAUUUUAGUGACUUUGCCACUGUUAGAAGUUUUGGCUGGUGAUGACGAUGAAGGAGAAACUGAAAUGUGCACUUGUAUUGCGUUGGGUAUUAAAGAAGAUGUAAAGCAGUGUCCAAACGCUGACAGCGUAACAGUUGUAGUAGAUCUUAAAAUGAAUUUACAACAGAGUGACAAUGAAGACGAGGCGGAUUGUGUGAAACUAGAUGGAUCAAUUGAAGCGACGCAGGAAAUUAAAGAUUCGCAUGAAAUUCGUAUAGGGGCCAAUCUCAUUACAGAGAACGGUAUGGAACCAGUAUUUUCAUGCAUGGCUGAUGUAUGUAGCAGUAUGAAAGACGAGGACGCGCCUUGGUACCCUAUAUUGAAGUAUUUUGAGACAACUUCAUGCCCCAUUGAAGCCAAAGUUUACGACGUGGAAGGUCUAAAGAUGGAGCUAGGUUGCAUUGAUGGUAUACUGACACCUGAAUUUUGCGGUGAAUACCUGAUCGAGAUCGCCAUAACCAAAGGUCUGGACACUGUCAUGUGUAUCCUCAUGGGAGCAGAAAUAUUUGAAGUCGAAAAACCAUGUGAAGAAUGCCCAGAAAAGCAGAGAAAGAGAAAAUAAACCUGGUCGCCAGAUAGUACUGAAAACUAUUCAAAGAAUUUCAAUGUAAUAAUAAGGGCUGAUUAAUUUUUUAAUUUAUUUUAUUUUGUUUGGGGAGCUUACAGCUAAAUUCACACAAUGUUACACUUAGUAGUAAAUAAAGGCCAAUUACAAGCUAUCACAAAUAAAUGAAAAAGAGUUAUACAACAAGACAAGAGAGCGGAGAUAUAGAAAAAAAUAUAAGAAAAAAAUUAGAUUGAAUGCGCAAUUUAGCAAGAAUACAAAUUAAAACACUAACAAUAAUUAACAACUGUUACCAAUUACCUCUAAUAAGCUGAGUCUUCAGCGAAUUAAUACUACUGUAAAACAAAUCACAUUGAAAGGCAUUAAUUUCGUUAAAUUGUUUAAGGGGACGUGGUAAAUAACUAUUGCUUCUAUAUUUGGUGCGGCAACGAGGAACAUGAAGGAAACGAUUGUGACGUAAUUGUCUGAUUAGAACUUGUAUAUUAAUAGCGCAGAGGAGAUCCGGGCAAUCUAAUUUGGAUUGAGCAAUUUAGGCCAAAAAACAGAUAUCAGCUAUCUUUCUGCUAAAGUGCAGUGGUAAAAGGAGGAACCUAGAGCAUAAGUGAUCAUAACCACAGCC